AUGGGAUGCGUUGGUUACACGACGGCGGGUCCCACACAAAUCCCAUAUUCCGCAGAAGCCGUGACAGGCGAUGGUCCCUGGAUUUCUAGCUAUAAUAGCUCAUUCGAACCAUCCGGGUCUCGAAGAGGCCAUCCCCGUUUGUCUCCGACACUGAAUCGUUACUUCGGACUGCGUCCAUUCACCAGCAUCAUGGACGUGGACUGCGGCUUUGAUAUCUUUCCCAGACUGGACGCUGCCGAUGAGGCUGAUCGACCCGCAUACCAACAAUUCCUAGGCGAGAUUAUUGACACAUAUAAGGAUCCUCACGGCGAGAAAGGAAGUUGGGAGGAAAGAAAGGUCCUGCAACUACCUGCUGGGGACUCCGGAGGAUACUUCGGGGAUCGAGUUCGGUGGUAG